CUCAGCUUCUCCCUCCCGCAGCUUCAGUGCCCGAGCUUCGGCUCUCCGGGUUCCGCAACCCCUUCCCCUCCCCGACAAGCCCCGCUAGAGCCCCUUAGGGACCCUCCCAAUCCUCAACCCCACCCUAGACCCCCCGGAAGCUGUAUUUCCCCUCCCCACUCCCCCGCUUGGGAUACAGCCAGCCCGGUGGACCCAGGCGCCCGAACAAGAGGGUAACCUUCGGCCCUCUCGGCCCCACCCCCUCCAGCCGGAGCCGCGCCCCCCUCUACCACGGAUCCAGGAGCAGAGGACAGAGAUUAAGCAAAAAGGGGUGGACUCCAGGCAACCUCUAGCCCAAUUCUGUCCCUCCAUCUCAAGGAGCAGAGAAAUUGUCUUCCAUUGCUGACCUCCAGCAGGAAAACAAAAUUAAGGAGAAAGAUAAAAGGACACGGAGGAAAAGUGGCAACUAGAUUAUUUAGGAGAGGCACAGAGGAGAGAAAUUGGGGUGAGUCGCCAUGGGGACUCCCAAGGCCCAGCACCCACCGCCUCCCCAGCUGCUGUUCCUAAUUCUGCUGAGCUGUCCCUGGAUUCAGGGUCUGCCCCUGAAGGAGGAGGAGGCGCUGCCAGAGCCUGGAAGUGAGGCCCCCACAGUGGCCUCUGAGGCCCUGGCUGAGCUGAUCCAUGGGGCCCUGCUGAGAAGGGGCCCAGAGAUGGGCUAUUUGCCGGGAUCUGAUCCAGACCCCACACUAGCCACCCCUCCAGCCGGCCAGACACUUGCAGCACCCUUCCUGCCACGGGCCACAGAGCCGGGGACAGGGCCUCUGACAACAGCUGUAACCCCUAAGGGGGUCAGGGGGGCAGGCCCCACCGCGCCGGAGCUACUGACCCCGCCCCCAGGAACUACAGCCCCACCCCCUCCCGGCCCCGCCUCCCCAGUCCCGCCCCUCGGGCCUGAGGGAGGAGAGGAGGAGACCACCACUACCAUCAUCACCACUACAACUGUCACCACUACAGUCACCAGCCCAGUUCUGUGUAAUAACAACAUCUCCGAGGGUGAAGGGUACGUGGAGUCUCCGGAUUUGGGGAGCACUGCCAGCCGCACCUUGGGGCUCCUAGACUGCACAUACAGCAUCCAUGUCUACCCUGGCUACGGCAUUGAAAUCCAGGUGCAGACACUGAACCUGUCUCAGGAGGAGGAACUCCUGGUGCUGGCUGGUGGGGGGUCCCCAGGACUGGCCCCCCGACUCCUUGCUAACUCCUCCAUGCUGGGAGAAGGACAGGUUCUUCGAAGCCCAACCAAUCGACUGCUCCUGCACUUCCAGAGUCCACGGGUCCCAAGGGGUGGUGGCUUCAGAAUCCACUAUCAGGCCUACCUCCUGAGCUGUGGCUUCCCUCCCCGGCCGGCCCAUGGGGAUGUCAGUGUGACAGAUCUACACCCUGGUGGCACUGCCACCUUCCACUGUGAUUCCGGCUACCAGCUGCAGGGUGAGGAGACUCUCAUCUGCCUCAAUGGCACCCGGCCAGCCUGGAAUGGAGAGCCCCCUAGCUGCAUGGCAUCCUGUGGUGGCACCAUCCACAAUGCUACACUGGGCCGCAUCGUGUCUCCUGAGCCUGGGGGAGCCGCAGGGCCUAACCUCACCUGCCGUUGGGUCAUUGAAGCAGCUGAGGGACGCCGGCUGCACUUGCACUUUGAGAGGGUCUCGCUGGAUGAGGACAAUGACCGGCUGAUGGUGCGCUCUGGGGGCAGUCCCCUAUCUCCUGUGAUCUAUGACUCUGACAUGGAUGAUGUCCCAGAGCGUGGUCUCAUCAGUGACGCCCAGUCCCUCUAUGUGGAGUUGCUCUCAGAGACGCCUGCUAAUCCCCUGCUGCUCAGCCUCCGAUUUGAAGCCUUUGAAGAGGAUCGCUGCUUCGCCCCUUUCCUGGCACAUGGCAACGUUACUACCACAGACCCUGAGUACCGCCCAGGGGCACUGGCCACCUUCUCAUGCCUCCCAGGAUAUGCUCUGGAGCCUCCAGGGCCCCCCAAUGCCAUUGAAUGUGUGGAUCCCACAGAACCUCACUGGAAUGACACAGAACCAGCCUGCAAGGCCAUGUGUGGAGGGGAGCUGUCAGAGCCAGCUGGUGUGGUCCUCUCUCCCGACUGGCCCCAGAGCUACAGCCCCGGCCAGGACUGCGUGUGGGGCAUGCACGUCCAGGAAGAGAAGCGCAUCUUGCUCCAAGUUGAGAUCUUGAAUGUGCGUGAAGGGGACAUGUUGACACUUUUCGAUGGGGAUGGUCCCAGCGCCCGUGUCCUGGCUCAGUUGCGGGGACCUCAACCACGUCGUCGCCUCCUCUCCUCUGGGCCCGACCUCACACUCCAAUUCCAGGCACCUCCUGGGCCCCCAAAUCCGGGCCUGGGCCAGGGCUUUGUAUUACACUUCAAAGAGGUCCCGAGGAACGACACUUGCCCUGAGCUGCCGCCUCCCGAGUGGGGCUGGAGGACAGCAUCCCACGGGGACCUGAUUCGAGGCACCGUGCUCACUUACCAGUGUGAGCCUGGCUACGAGCUGCUGGGCUCUGACAUUCUCACCUGUCAGUGGGACCUGUCCUGGAGCGCUGCUCCACCUGCCUGCCAAAAGAUCAUGACUUGUGCUGACCCUGGUGAGAUCACCAACGGGCACCGGACGGCCUCAGACGCUGGCUUCCCUGUUGGCUCCCAUGUCCAGUACCGCUGUCUGCCAGGGUACAGCCUGGAGGGGGCAGCCGUGCUUACCUGCUAUAGCCGAGACACAGGCACACCCAAGUGGAGCGACCGGGUCCCCAAGUGUGCCUUGAAGUAUGAGCCGUGCCUGAACCCCGGCGUUCCAGAGAAUGGCUAUCAGACCUUGUACAAGCAUCACUACCAGGCUGGCGAGUCUCUGCGCUUCUUCUGCUAUGAAGGCUUUGAGCUCAUCGGCGAGGUCACCAUCACCUGUGUGCCGGGCCACCCCUCACAGUGGACCAGCCAGCCCCCGCUCUGCAAAGUGACCCAGACUACAGACCCAUCACGGCAGCUGGAGGGUGGGAACCUCGCCUUGGCCAUCCUGCUACCCCUCGGCUUGGUCAUUGUCCUUGGCAGUGGCGUUUACAUAUACUACACCAAGCUCCAGGGAAAAUCCCUGUUUGGUUUCUCAGGCUCCCACUCCUACAGCCCCAUCACGGUGGAGUCAGACUUCAGCAACCCGCUGUAUGAAGCUGGGGAUACACGGGAGUAUGAAGUUUCCAUCUGAAUGCCAAGACUAAGGCUGCAGGACCCAGGACACCCGUUCCCUCCUCAUUCAGGGCAGUGGGGAGCACAGGACCUGGUCUCUGGCUCCUGGCUUCCCUCCUCCCUGUUGUGUAAAUAAUCUCCCUGUCCCACAAGGGGGUUUUGAUGGCCCUGGAGACCCUACAGUAAAUAAACCAGCAUCCUGCCGCCCAAAGGCUCCUUUUCUCAGUUGCCAAACAAGGGGCCUACCCCCUGCCCUACUGGCUUUUGGACCCUGGGAGGGGAACUCAGUGCCCUUGCAACUCUUGGGACCCCCUCCCACCCAGGGCACCCCUGAAGGACUGCCCCAACUGCUCUACUGUUCCCUUGGCCUUGUAGGCUUCUCUCCUCCCAGAUGCCUAACUCCUGGGCCUUGGAGGGUGAGAAGAGGAAGGAUGAGGGGGACAGCUGGGCCAAAGCCCCUCCCUGUUCCUGCUGUGUCCCGAACCCACAAUUUCUCCACCUUUGCUUCUGGAUUUUUGUUUUUGAGCAAUAAAUGGAAAAUCAUCACUUGUAA